AAGGAAAGAAAAACAUUACCAAUUUACCAUGGCUUUCCCAAUUGAUCAUGGUCAUCUUCUUGUCAUUAUUGUUCUUUCAUGUUUGUUCAUGUUAAGUCUCCCAAUCCCAACACAAUCAACAGAUCCUUCAGCAACAUAUUGUAACACAAACACCAACUUUACCAGCCAAAGCAAAAUCUCAGCCAACAUUAAUGAUCUAUUGCCUAAACUAGUCCAAGGGACAAUCCAAAAUGGGUUCAUAGCCACUUCUUACAGUAAAUUUGGCAGUUCUCAGUUAGUCUAUGGACUUUCUCAAUGCAGAGGAGACGUUAGUAACACAGAUUGCUCCACUUGCAUUCAAGAAGCUGCCAAACAGAUCAGAAUAACCUGUCCUAAUCAGGCCGAUGCCAGGAUUUGGUACGAGUACUGCUUCCUAAGAUAUGACACGAGAGAUUUCAUUGGAGAAGUGGAUACAGGGUAUGGGGUAAUCUACUAUAAUGUGCAGAAUGUGAGUGACCCAGAUGGGAGUUUUAACAAACAGUUGGGUGGUUUGUUUGAUAAGAUAGAAUCGAGGGCGGUUAAGGUUGAAAACAAGGGUCUUGGGAAAGAGAAAGUGAAGUUGUCGCCAUUUUUGACACUUUAUGGAUUGGUGCAGUGUACAAGAGAUCUUUCGGCUUUAAACUGUGGUCAGUGUUUGGCUAUUGCUGUUGCUAAUUUCGCUACUAUUUGUGGUAAUAAGCAGGGGUGUAGGGUUAUUUAUAGUAGUUGUUAUGUGAGAUAUGAACUAUAUCCUUUUUAUUUCCCUCUUGAUAAUUCUCAACUUCAUGCUUCUAAAGAAGAGAAGAAUUAUAAUUAUGUUGUUUUUAGAUCUUCUUAAGUGAAGAACAGAUUC